ACAAACAGUGGUCUACAAAUAGAUUUAUAAAACGCUUACGGAGGCAAAUUAUGACUGAGAGAGGAAGGGGGCAGCAGAAGGAGGGUGAGAAAUAAAAAAAACAUAAUGAGGAAAGGGGAAGGAGAAAAUAUUGUUUAUUUGAGGAGUGAUUUGAUCGGAUAACGAUGUUGAGAUUAAGUCUCCUGCUUCUCUUGCUCCCCUGCUCAACAUACUCAGUGCUCCUGGGAUGGGUGGAGUCUCCCGGGUAUCCCAUGGGUUACUCACCUCAUGCCAAAGUAAACUGGAGUCGAUGCGCCCCCAAAGGUCACACCCUGUCAAUCAGGCUCAUCCACCUGGACCUGGAGGAAAGCCAAGACUGUGAAAACGAUGCAGUAAAGGUGUUCUCAAAUGGGAGCCUAACAGCUGUUCUGUGUGGCAAAAAGGAAUWUAAAGAGCUCGAGGAAACAGUGAAUCCGUUUCUUCUCUCCUCCCCUGGUGGCUGCCUCACACUUUUGUUCCACUCCGACUAUUCAAACACUAAGAGACACGACGGCUUCAGAGGCUUUUAUACUGUUCAAGACUUUGACGAGUGUCAGGACGACCCAAACAACGAAUGCACCCAGUUCUGUCACAACGUCAUCGGAGGGUACUACUGCUCCUGUCGCCAUGGUUACUACCUAGCCGAAAACAAACACACCUGCACAGUGAGGUGUGCUGAAGACCUGUCAGGGCUCAGCGAAGGUAACAUUUCCAGUCCCUCCUGGCCUGAGUCAUAYGCAGAAAAUGCCAACUGUCGGUACACCCUGUCUGUGGAGGAGCACCUUCAGCUGGAGCUGCACUUCUCCCAGGACUUUGAUGUGGAACAAAAUGAUGGUCAAUGCAUAGACGCAGUGCUG